GCUUGCUAUAUCCAAUAUGGCGGCUGCCCGGUUGUCACGGUGACCGGUCUCCGAGGGAGGGGGAUAGGAUGCUGAAGAGUACCGGCUAUUUCCGGGCUAUUGAGUGCCCGUUCGGGGAAUGCUGCCGCCGGCCGUAUUGCCAUUUCAGACACCGAGGCAGGGGGCUGUGGGGGAGCAGCCCUGGAGAGGCCCGGACUGGGGCGGAAUAUGAUCCUUAUAGCCCUGACCUCCCAAAGGUGCCUCCCUGUUUUGAUGAUGGUGUGUUGGAGAUUGUUCCUGAAUCCAGCCUGGAUAUCUUGGAGCUGGAGAGGGUCAACAAGGCUAUCGAGGCAGUUAAGAGUGAAGUGGAGAGAGAACAACGAAAAUAUGAAAAGCUGUUGGGGACACAGAAGGACUACAGUGUUCCCAAGAGCAAAUCCAAACAUUCUGCCUCCUUCACAUCCCUGGAAUACGAUCCGGGAAACUACACAAGCAGUGGCACAUACAAUCCUACUCCUUUAGCCCGUGUGAGUAAAGGUAACAAAUACACUCUGGAUGAUUUGGACCGGACUGCAGUCAAGACCAGCUGCUUAGAGUAUGUUCCGACCGCUGUGAUACCCGCUGCUAAAAACAAGACUAAUAAAUAUGUCAUAGAUAACUGCAAGCCUCACACAGAUAUGGAGUAUGAUCCAAUGUCUAACUAUUCGGCUAGGCUUUUGAGCAAGGACAAACCGCAGCAGGGGACCAAAAGGAAUAGACCAAGCAGCCAGGAUGAAGGCUACACUCCUUCUCCCAAAAAAUUAUGCAACAAUGUCUCGGUGGAUGCUAGGUUUUCUGACUCUGAAGAUGAGAAUGAAUACGUGGUCCAACAGUCUGCAGGCAAAUAUGUUCCUUCCAAAAAGACUGAGAAAGUCUCCGUAUCCACUAAAGCAUCCAAGCAUAUUAAUGUAGGAAAGAAAGUCAAGGAGAUAGCUGUGCAGUAUGAUAUGGAAGAUAUUGGAAAACCUGUGAAGAACCACAGCAAAGAGUCAUCGAAGCAUAAUUCCGACAAGUCUAAAAGUGAAAAUAAAACUACGUCGAAAGAGCAACCUAAAAAUAGAGAGUCAGGGUCAAGUAGCUUGGCUAAGGAGACCAAGAAGGAGAAGUCCAAAGCUAUAGUCAAAAAUAAAUGUGAAAAUGUUAAGAAUGGAGACAACAUUCAAAGUCACAAAAAUAAGAGCAGUAGGCCUGAUAAAAAGAUUGAAAAACUAAAUUCAGUGAAGGAUCCUAUCAAAGGGUCCUCAAGCAAAAACAAGAAAGAGCAGUUGCAAAAUAAAUGUAAGAAAGAUAAGAUGCAAUCUAAAAAGGAAUCCAAUGACAAAACUGAAAAGGUGAAGAAUGGUCACAUUAAGGAGAAGUCCAUCUCUGAACGGUCUUUAAAAUCAAAAUCAACUGCGCCUAGCGGGGUAAAGGUCAAGUCAAAACAAAGGUCUCUUAGCCAUGUGGAUUUGUUUGGAGAUGAAAGCAGUGAGGAGGAGGCAAAAGUAAAGAAACGUGUCCCACAUAGAGGUAGUUUAGGUUCUGAUGGCGGUGGGCACAGUGAUACUGAAGGGGAGAGUAGUACGAAGGUGGGCAAGCUUGUCUGCCGCAGGGUCUCCUCCUCUUCUGUGGACUCAAUAGAGAUUGAUUACUCUGCUCUAGAGAAAGAAUUGGAUUCUGAUUCUGACCCAAUGGAGGAGUGUCUCAGAGUAUUUAAUGAGUCUCAAGAUGUAAAGACCGAAAACAAAGGCAGGAUGUGGAAACAGCCUCACGAAGACGGCGAGGAGAAAUCUGAACAUGCAAUGACAACUUUGAUUCCAGGCCAAAAGAAAAGAAUUUCUCACGUUAAUUGUCCAGCUAAUUCAUCCUCUUCUAAUAAGCCGGUGAUCCAUCCGUCCCGUCUGCCAACACCCCAGGAGAUAUGUUACCAGCGAAUUCAGCGGGCACAAGAGCAGGCAAUCCAGCUUCUAGCUCAGCAGAAAGAAUUGCUGUUAAGCAAUGCCGCACAAACGUCUUCUCCAACACAACAUAGUCAGAAGAAGAGAAUUGCACAUUUUCCUGGCAUUCGCUCCCCCUCUUUUCCAAUUGUGUCCACAGUUACUGAGGCAAAGACACGUAAAAGUUCAAGCACUGAUGAGACCUCCAACGGUUCAGUACACGGUCUAAAGAAUCGAACCCUUACUGGCAUGGCAUCCAAAACUACCACAACAACAGCACAGAAAAGACAAGCACAUGUACCGUCGCUGCAGAGUGCCAGUUUGAAGAGACCUGUAAUUCCCACCGAAUUUGGUGCGAAAGUGCCAACCACGGUUCGCCAGCGUUACCUUAACCUCUUCAUUGACGAAUGCCUAAAGUUCUGCCGGACAGAGCAGGAGGCCUUUGACAAGGCUCUUGAAGAGGAAAAGAUUGUUUACAACCGGAGCUCCAGCCGUAAUAUUUACCUGAAUGUGGCUGUUAAUACACUGAAGAAACUGAGGACCCAGGGACAAGGAUCAAAAGCCACUCCUAUUAAGAACACAAACAAGAGAGUCAUUUCCCAUGAGUCUAUGCUGGGAGGGAAGGCAGCAGCUAAACUGAGUUUCUCAGUGCAGCGAAACACUGGACAUCAACAGGAGGAACUGACCGGUGCUGUCUUAUACACAAAGCUGAAGGAUUACAUCAUGAGCCCAGAACAGCUGCAAGAACACGGGUACCCAAUGGCCCAUCCAGACAAGCCUGGCAAGGCCAUGCUUUUCACUACAGAGGAAAAAAAGAUAUCAGCGUCUUUCUCCAGAAUAUGUUGCCGCUGUGGAGCAGAGUAUUUUGUGACACCCAGUGGGAACUGUGUGCGGCGGGAGGAAUGUGUGCAUCAUUGGGGCCGUCUUCGCAGACAAAGAGUGCCUGGUGGUUGGGAAACACACUAUAACUGUUGUUCUGGAGCGGUCGGAUCUACUGGGUGCCAAGUAGCCAAGCAACAUGUACAAGACAACCGCAAGGACAGCCUUGAUGGAUUUGUGAAAACAUUUGAAAAGUUGCCUGCUGCCGAUGGGAAUGCUGGAGUGUUUGCUCUGGACUGUGAAAUGUGUUACACCACACAUGGAUUGGAACUAACACGUGUCACGGUGAUUAAUUCAGAGCGUAAGGUUGUGUAUGACACUUUUGUGCUGCCAGACAACAGAAUUGUGGACUAUAACACCAGGUUUUCUGGUGUGACAGAAGAUGAUAUGCAGAAUACUACGAUCACUCUGCGAGAUGUUCAGGCUGUUCUCCUUUCUAUGUUCAGUUCUGAUACAAUUUUGAUUGGACACAGCUUGGAAAGCGACUUUUUUGCACUAAAGCUUAUCCAUCCAACAGUUGUGGACACUGCCAUAGUCUUCCCUCACCGUUUGGGCCUACCGUACAAGCGAGCUUUGCGUUCAUUAAUGGCUGAUCACUUGAAACGAAUUAUCCAGGACAGUGUGGAGGGUCACGACUCGAGUGAAGAUGCCUGCUCCUGCAUGGAACUAAUGAUAUGGAAGAUAAAAGAAGAUGCCAAAGUGAAGCGGUGACCCAGCACUCUCAAACCAUUAGACUUUUCUCCUGAAAGAGGGAGGAUUGCAUUCCUUUCAAACUGGACAGAGUUUCAACACAUGCAGUAUAUUGGUUUCAUGACAGUGUUUUGCUCAGGGUCAUCGUCCCAUACCUUCAAUUUACUGCUAAGAGGGAAAAUCAUUUCACAAUGCAAUUAUAGGUGUUUCUCCUUUAAACCAAACGUAAGUGGGAAGUAUGAGAAAGAUGUGUGAUCCGCCCUCCACUCCUUCCCCCCUUCUAAAAAGCAAUAUGUAGGGAAAACAAAGCUAUGACACCUUAAGCCUUAAUUUGGAAAACUAAAAUCAUGGUAAAACAAAUUUGUGUUCGUGUUAGGUGAAAUAUGAUUUAGCCCACUAGCACUGGAGCAGAAAGCCAACAUAUGGCAGUCAUUAGUGUUAAACACCACCUUAUAAGACACUUUUUUCUAUUUUUGUUUGUAUAUUAUUUAUUUGUAUAUUACUCCUUUUUAUAUGGUCCCAGCACCAUAGUGCACCUUAGUUUAGCAUAGUAAAUAAUAGAAAAGGUUUAAACCACCUUUCUAUCCCUCCCCCUUUAUCUGCCUGUGGAUUCAGUAUCAAAUGGUUGUUGGCAAGUAAUGGCCUAUUGUGAUGUUCUUUGCUGCACCAAUGUAGUAGUAUCAUUGCCUGGGCACAUAACUUCCCACUUUUGGUACCCAUCACAUUCAUGCCAUCCAAUUUGCCUUAUUUCUGACUGUGUCUCUUCCUCCAUUCUCAGCUUGGCAUAAGUUUCCACUUUUAACCUCCCUGUUGUAAAAUAAUGGCACUGAGAUAAAAGUGGACCCACCCGGUCUACAUCCAGUAGUACUAACGUACACUUAACCGUUGUUUCCAGAUAGGUUAAAUUGGAAAGAUUGCAGCUGUAAGAACGUGUGUGUCACUGCAAAAGUGUCAAUCUCUUGUGUCAGCUGGUUCAACGAUAAAGGUGGCUUUUUAUUGUCUGCUGCACAGGGAACAUUGCAACAGUAAUUAAAAUAAUUUGUAAAAAUUGUUUUGUAACUAUUUAACAAGUGUUUUUUUGUUUUUUUUGAAUAAUAGCUGCUCUGUAAAAUACACCACCGUCAAGAUAAAGAAAAUCAAUUUUGUUAAUAAUAAAGUGAAACAUUCUAGUUUAGUCAUUUGGCAUACCUGUUUUUCGACAUUUGCCUCACUCUGUUUAGAGAAUGUCCUUCUUAGGGCACCCAUGGCUAAUCUUGGUUCCGCCACUUAUCUCUUAGCAUCAAGGGUAAUGCAUUACUGGGGUGCCAGGGUUGAAUAAGUAUGCAUUGUCUUCAAUUCACUUCUGCCAUACUCAUUCGUUCUUGGAUGCCAUUUAGUUUUUUGAUCAAAUCUCUGAUGGACUCAUAUUUGAACAGUGCUAUUUGGGUACUUUAUCACUCUGAGGUUAAGAUAUGUUAAACUUGUGAUGCAUCUCUAACAUAAACUUUUAUUAUGACUAUAUGGCAUUAAUAAAUGAUAACCUCAUAUUGCCAGAUACUAUACAAAGACUAUUAUUUCACAACAGAUGUCAGUGUCUACUAAUACUACCAAGUAUUCUUCUACAUAGACACUCACUCCUUAUAACUGUAUAAUACAGCUGAUAUGCUCAACCCUUUACAAUGAAUUUAACUGAGCACCGCUGGAGUAUUCAGAAAAAUGUCAAAUUAAUACAGUGUAAUAGGUUAGAAAAUUGACAGGUUGAUCAUUUUUAUUGUACAAAAA